GCAGAGCAGAUAUCUGGAUGGCUUGGACCACAAGAUUGGAUUUUGGUUCCACUUGGACAAUAUUUGCAGUGAUUUCAGGAAAGAGCAGGUCUGAGGGAUGUGGGGACUGUAGUUACUGUGUGGACCACUGAUUAGCUGUGACCAGUAGAGGGGUCUGUAGACAGAUUCCACAGAGCCAUCGCAUCCGGCUUGAAUUCCUGAGUGGCAGUACCCAGGCUUUGAACACCUUUUUUUUUUUAAAAUCAGUGACUGCAACAGAGCCAACCCUGUUGGCACAGGUGUGGGUGAGCCAGCCCCGAAGAUGUAAGCAUGGGAGACCUGUCCCCCUUACUCAUCUGUCUUGUGGCUUCGUGGGCAAGGGAAAGAUGCCCUCCCCCUCCUGCCCAUCAAUACCUGAGGCAGGUGGGAGAGCUGGCCCUGUGGUCAUAAGAGAGGAUUCAUACAUGUUGUUGUGUAAGUCAGAGAGAGGUAUCUGAAACCAUAAAUGAUGUCUAUAAACUAUGGAGUUUUCUCCAAAGAAUUGGCCUAAGCUCUAGAUCAGCCAAGGAAGAUGGAAAACAAAACGCCAGGCUCCACUCUGCAGACAGAAGUGCUGUCCCUGUAGCAUCUGAUACCACUUCCCAGACACCCACACAUCUGCAGGAAGUGCCUCCCAGGUCUGGAUGGAGAGUGGUUCUCCAUCCCUCUGUCCCAGGAAAGGGGACAGUAUGGCUCUGACCACUACGUAUGGAUUAUGGUAUAUGUACCCUCAUAUACACAGGCAUAGAAACAAAUACAGAAAAAGAAAGAAAAAAAGGAAAAAGGAAUCCUCAGCCUGCUACAGAUGACAUGUGGAACUAUGUCUCUGUAACCUCCACUUGUGAAUCUGAUGGGCCUCAGAGUUGUCCAGAGGCAGGGCCUGGAGGGUGAGUCCACACUAAUUUCUGCUGGAGGCUGUGGGAGUAUACAGCAGAUGGCAAUUAGUAAUUCAGGUGUCGACCCACCAGGUGAAUAACUCUCUGAUGGAGGAACCUCAUCAAGCAAGGCUUAAGGGACCACAGACUCUGAAAACUGGCUGCUUCUCUCUGGAAUUUUUCUCUUGUGCCAUUAAUUUCUUCCCUAAGAGCAGCUAUGGGUAUUUUCCCCAUUGCUUGUAUGUUUAUCUUGUGCAUAUUCCAUCUAUUGGGCAUACAUAUAUCUGUGGAUGGCCAGGAAGAUGAUUUCUGCUUAGGCGGUAUAAUUCUGAUGAAUAGAAAUAAUACUAGGAUAUUUUUCAUAAACUCAGACAGACGUAAGAAAAUGACAGUAUUCUCAGCUACAAAGUCAGCUUUUUCUAAUCCAAAAUAGACUAGUUGCCCCUGGAGACAAAUUACACAGGGCUGAGUUCCCAAGGGUCUGUUGGUUGAACCAAAGUCAGGCUGAUAACAUUAAGACAUAAACUCCCAGCAGCAAUUGACUUUCUGCACAUACUCCUAACCACAAGGUUCAGCCAAUAACUGUCUAUUAUUUCAGUCCUGAAUUUCAAUGUAACUGUCUGGGAACCCUAACCACUCAGAGCUAUAUGCCUGCUUUCCUCACCGUGCCCGGUCAGCACGAACUCCCUAGCCUGAAAGACACUGUGUGACUUACCAUGUGUUAUUAGAAUGGGUCGGACCCCAUAUAUGUAAUUCAUAACUGUCCAGAGUUUGGCUGUUGAAGGAGGUGUGUGUAGAGAGAGCUGCUGUGUAGAGCUGUGUGUAGAAGGUGUGUGUGCAGAGAGAGCUGUGUAGAAGAGGAAUAGCUAUGUAGAAGAGAGAGCUCUAUAGUGUAGCUAUAUAGAAAAGGGAUGUAGAAGAGAGAGCUCUAUAGUGUAACUAUAUAGAAAAGGGAUGUAGAAGAGAGAGGUGUGGGUAGGAGAGAAAUGUGAGUAAAGAGAGAUGUGUGGAGAGAAGAGAUGUAACUGUGUAUAGAGACGUGUGGCUGUGCAGGAGAGAGAUGUAUGUAUGUAAAGAGAGAUACGUAGCUGUAUGUAAAGAAUGAAACUGUGUAGAGACAGAUUUUCAGAAAGAGAUUUUUUUUUUAUGGUGGAAUUACCACCAGAAAGUGUGUUUCCUUACUUACUCUCAGAAAGUCUAGUCCUCGCCAUUGAUGGUUUUGCAUACCCUGGAGACGGUCUUGGAGCUGGCUCUCCCAAAGGCUGCCAAUAAAUUUCCCUCCAAUAAACUUAUUUAAACAAAUAAAAGUAACCUUCCUACAGAGAAUAUGCUUCCACUGCUGGCCCUCUGCCCUGCCUGCUGAGUGAGCACCAUGUUGAAGAUCCAACCAGCCUCCUCAGGAGCAAGGGAAGCCUGGGUCCCCAGAAGAGGCUGUAGCACCUGAGUUCAUUCUAGGGUCGGAGUGCAGUGGGUCUUCAUGUUAAAUAGAGGCCACUAAGGAGGAGACAGUAGGCAGCAGGUGUGCUCCUUGUUAGUAGACGCAGUCAAGGUAAUUCUGUCAGUUCUGGAUAGGACGCCUGUGAGUUUCAAGCUUGAGCAUGCAGCAGAAUCACCUGAAAUAAUUGUAAAACGUGGAUGCUGAGCCCUACCAGGGUGUUUCUGACUUAGUGGGUCUGAGACAGACCCGCACACCUAACACCCAGGUGAUUCUGUGGCUGCUGGAACCAUACUUCAAGAACUACUCUAGAUUUCAUUUUAAGUGCUUGGGAUUGAACCUCAGACCUGGAACAAAAAAAGCACACACUUUCAAAAUUACCCAUAAGCUUGUAUAAAGUGCCUUUUUUGUUGUUGUUUUGUUUUGUUUUGUUUUGUCAUUUAUUGCUGUGCUUGAGUGGAGGUCAGGAGGCAACUUUCAAUGAUCCUGCAUAUUUGGGGUGGUAUGGCCACAUGCAGAAGGUAACUUCCAGAAAUCAGUUCUCUCCUUCCACCAUUGGGUCCUGAGGAUUGAACCAGGGUCGCCAGGCUUGGUGGCAGUCAUCUUUACCCACUGAGCCAUCACACUGGCCCAGAAAUGAGUCCCACUUCAGAGUCUUUAGUUGAACAAGGUGCCAGGUGAUUAUGCUUAGACUUCCCCUCUGAAUGUUUGGACGUAGAAUUGCUAAGACUGAGUGUUCGGGUGAUAACUGUGGACAGACCUGCAUGGGAAACUCCUGCUCAUCCCUCCCCAUUCUUUAGUUCUUGGAGCAGAUGGAGUAAAAAAACAAGAACCUCCAGCAUGAGACUGGGAGGAACAGCUGCUCCCUAGAACAGGAAAGGGGCAAUGUGGUGCCUCCAUGGUCUACGAUGCCGUCAGAGGAAACAGAGGCGGAGAGGCUGUGGGGUUGUGAGAACCACAGAGUCUACAGCUGGGAGCUAGGGCUCUGCGGAGUAGCACCUGUGUCUACAAGGGGCUCUGAUCCCCGGGCCUCGCUCUCUGGCCUCUCAGAGCUGGUUAGGACUGCCCGAUCUGGUUUCCCUGAGAGGCAAAGGGCUCCUGCCCCAGUAUCAUGGAGAUGCCUGUCCACUAACAAGCUUAGCUACCUCAGCUUACUCCGAACGCCUCUGGUGAUCCUCCGGGCUGAGAUCUGAACGUGCUAGUAUCUAAGGUGACAGCUAACUCUGUGCACUCCAAGGCCUGACCUGUCAGACGGCCAGCGUGCGAAUUGGCUGAGUGUCCUCACCAAACUUCUGAUGACAAACCCGUUUCUUUCAGAAGUGUGCUUCUGAGAGUCUGCUGAGGAAUGAUGGGAAGUUUGCCCAGCAGAAGGAAAAGCCUGUCCACAAGCGCUAACCCCAGUUCCUCUGGUCCAGUCCAAGGAGCUGUGUCCACACAAGCAGAGAGAAGCAAGGUCACAGCUGUGGCCCUGGGCAGCUUCCCAGCAGGUGAGCAGGCUGGACUGUCUCUGAGACUCGGGGAGCCGCUAACCAUCGUCUCUGAGGAUGGAGAUUGGUGGACAGUCAUAUCGGAAGUCUCGGGCAGAGAGUAUCACAUCCCCAGUGUGCAUGUGGCUAAAGUCUCCCAUGGGUGGCUGUAUGAGGGCCUGAGCAGGGAGAGAGCUGAGGAACUACUCUUGUUGCCUGGAAAUCCCGGAGGGGCCUUCCUCAUCAGAGAGAGCCAGACCAGGAGAGGCUGCUAUUCCCUGUCCAUCCGACUCAGCCGCCCUGCAUCUUGGGACCGGAUCAGACACUACAGGAUACAGCGCCUUGACAAUGGCUGGUUGUACAUCUCACCACGCCUCACCUUCCCCUCACUCCAGGACCUGGUGGACCAUUACUCUGAGUUGGCAGAUGACAUCUGCUGUGUCCUCAAGGAGCCCUGCGUCCUGCAGAAGCUUGGCCCACUACCUAGCAAAGAUCUCCCUCUCCCUGUGACUGUGCAGUCGGCAUCACUCAACUGGAAAGAGCUGGACAGUAGCCUGUUUUUGGAAGCACCUGCCAGUGGGGAGGCAUCUCUUCUCAGUGAGGGCCUCCGAGAAUCCCUCAGCUCCUACAUCAGCCUGACUGAGGAGAACUCCUUGGAUGAUGCCUAGUCCAAACAGAAAGUCAAAGGGGAACCGAGGUCGUGUCGUCACCUAGGACUCCAGCUCGGGCAAACCUGAUGAAGCACCCCAGAGGCAAGGCUGGGAAUGCAGAGGGCUGGGCUGGGAUGCAGGCACAUCCCGGGUCCCACCUGGACCUUCUGCUCUUUCCUCUCUAGAGGAUAAGAAGUCAUUUAUCUCCUCCCAAGGCCUCGGACCCUCCUACAACCUCUGGUUCACGUGCAUCGCAAUUCAAAGCGGGGCCAGGCCUCUACGGAGAGUAAAUUACUUCUAAGGUUUGAUAAGUCAGUUCCUGAGAGGGAUGUCCAGCACGACUGUGGAGUCCCUUCCCCCAUUGUAACUGCUAAUCAGCCCUACUGAAGGCAGAGAUCGCCACUAGCAUGAAGGAGAGAGAAAGAUUAGGGACGUUCACAAGUCUCUUCAGAACGCACACACAUCUCAGACAGUAGGAUGGUCAGAAAGCGGAGAAGCAGAGCACCUGAGCUUACCACAGCGGCCCCACCUCUUCCCCAAGCAGAGCAAGAGCAAGUCUACAUCUUCCCAUGAUCCCUCACAGCAAGUUGUCUUAGACAGCCAAGCUCUCAGAUCCCUACUCAGUGUUCACCCCCACAUAGCCCAGUCAAACCCGUCUUGCCAUCUGGUGGUCAAACACAGAAUGACAGCGUUUAAGUCUCCCACUGCAGACCAGUCACCCAUCGAAGUGCUGGGCCGGGCCGGGCCAUCAGGUGUAGGCCCUCUGCAAUGUUAAAACCAAGGCAAUAACCUUCACCAAGCCUGACAACCAAAAGGAGAAAGAGGCC